GGGAGGGGGAGCCGUCUGCCUUCCGCUUCUGGGCUGGAUUGACACACAAUGAGGAGCCGAGGCAGCGGAGAGGCUCCGCAAACACCGCCGUAAAUAAAGACAACAAACACUGAGGCCAGAGAAACAUGGAGAACCAGUGCACAGUGCAGGUGAAGCUGGAGUUAGGUCACAGAGCCCAGCUCAGGAAGAAAGCAACAUCAGAAGGUUUCACCCACGAUUGGAUGGUGUUUGUCCGAGGACCAGAGACUGGUGACAUCCAGCACUUUGUGGAGAAAGUUGUCUUCCGCCUACAUGAUAGCUUUCCUAAACCUAAGCGAGUAUGCAAGGAGCCUCCGUACAAAGUGGAAGAGUCAGGCUACGCAGGCUUCCUCAUGCCUAUUGAAGUUUACUUCAAAAACAGGGAGGAGCCAAAGAAGGUAUGUUUCAACUAUGACCUGUUUCUUAACUUAGAGGGCAACCCUCCUGUCAAUCACCUCCGCUGUGAGAAGCUCACCUUCAACAACCCUACCAAAGAAUUCAGGAGAAAGCUGCUCAAAGCUGGAGGGGUGUUGGUGGUUCCAGAGGGAACUGAAGCUGUGUCAAGGCCCAGUCCAGACUACCCGAUGCUUCCCACCAUCCCCCUCUCUGCCUUUUCAGACCCCAAGAAGACCAAGACCUCUCAUGUAUCAAAGGAACCCAGCAAAGAAGGAAGCGGCGGCAGCAGCAAGGGACCCAAGCCACAUAAACUGCCCAAGGAGCACCGUGAAAGGCCCCGAAAAGACUCUGAGAGCAAGACCACAUCGAAAGGUGACAAUGACAGAGACAGUAGUAGUAAGAGCAGUCGUGACCAGUCUUCAUCCUCAUCCUCAUCUUUGAAGAAGCCAGCAGAGAUUAAAACAAAAGAUGAAGUAAAGGUUCUUCCCAAGGCUGCUUUCAAGGAACCUAAACUGACGCUGAAGGAGUCAAAAAUGGAGGGCAUGUCUCCCAAAGGAGGGGGGGCUGGAGGUGGAGGGGGAGGAGGGGGUGGUCCUGCAGAGCCCAAAGCCCCAGGGAAGCGGCCCUCAACAGUAGAGUCUCCAAAGCCCAGCACCAAGAAGCAGAAGAAAUGCAGUUCUGAGGGCACAAAGGGGCCUAGUGGGGCCUUCACUGGAACUUCUCCUCGUGUCUCCUCCUCAUCUGCAGUCGGACAGCCCUAUGCAGAAAAAAAGCCUCCCAAGGAAAAGGGCCGCUGGGCCAAAAGCAAAAGUGACACACAGGAGCUAAAGGAGUCCAAGAAAAUUCCAGAGUCCGAAGAGUCUAAUUCAGAAGAUGAAGCUUCUUCAAAGUCAGAGCAGUCAGCUCCCUCCAGUCCCUCCAACUCCAGUUCCAGCUCUGAUUCCAGUUCAGACUCUGACUUUGAACCAGGACAGAAACAAGGUCAAGGGCCCCUGCGCUCCAUGGUAGAGGAGAUCCAGUCAGAAGAGUCUGAUGACGAUGACAGCAGCUCUGAGGAAGAGAUGCCUGUCAAGACCAACCCCCCCAACCGGGACUCACGACUCAGCCUAGACAGCGAGAGUGACAGCAGCGACGGCUCACACCGCCCCAGUCGAGACCCCGCCCCACCCCCACAGAAACACAACUCUUCCAACAAUAAAGUGUCAGGGAGAAAGAGUCCAGAUCCGUCAUUUCGCUCAGAGAAGAUGUUGAAGAAGGGAUACGACAAGGUAGGAAGGGCCUACACAGAGGAGUUAGUGGACCUCCAUCGCAGACUGAUGGCUUUACGGGAGCGCAACGUCCUUCAGCAGAUUGUCAACCUGAUAGAGGAGACGGGCCACUUUAACGUGACCAACACCACUUUUGACUUUGACCUCUUUUCACUGGAUGAGUCCACCGUACGUAAACUACAGAGCUACCUGGAGGCCACGGCCACGUGACAGGAAACGGGCAUUAGAGCACUGACUUCAGCAGUGGACAUGGACACUCAUAUGCCUUUGCUAACUUACAGGCCUGACUGAACUACCGAACAACUGCCGUAUAGAAACACAUGAACAAACCCAAGCACACACGAAGACACACCACCUUCCUGUGGCACUGGUGAGGAGCAGGAGCGAACUGAGCGAGAAAAAGGAAUUCUGAUGAAGAGCACUGCAGGAGCUGAUCUCCAUCUACACGUCAGGAUUUUUUUUUAUAUAUAUAUAUAUAUCUUUUAGCCGAGCCUCUGCAGAGCUAUGGAAUGCACCCCACACCCCCUCCUGCACUCGUAUGGGGUCCCCCACCUUUGCAGGCCUUCCUCCUCCUCUUUCUCACACAUACACACACUCCCUUACUCAGCGGAACACUCCAUGUCCCCUCCCCCCACUGGCAGCUGGGGCCCAUUUUCCUCCCGACAUAUUCUUGAGUUGUUUGCGUGUGGAUGUGAGCACUGCUGAGGUUUAGGAGGAGAUGUUGUCUUUGUGAUUCUUGACUCUUAUUUGUGUAUGGUGCUCCAGUACAAACACCAAUGGCUUCUUGCCAGUGCAGUUACACACACACACACACACACCAGCACCAACCUAGUGAAACACAGGUUCAUAUUUGUCUCCCAGGUCCUUUAAGCGUACACUGUACAUGAAGACACUGAGACGUUUUCGCCGCAUGCGUGUCGCUCUUAUUUGGAUGAACUUUCUCUUUCGUGUCAUCAUCUGGAUGUAUGUUCCUUUGAUAUUUUUUUUUUCUUCCCUUCUACUUCCUCACACUGAAAACUGAGCCUUGACCUCUCACCAACCCCCCAGCCGGUACACCCCCUUCCAAUGAGCUGCACCCCACCCUACAACCUCAUACUCAUAUUGUUGUGUGAAAGGGCUCGACUGCUCGCGGCCACAGCGGUGGAGGAACACUCCUCAAUUGCCUUCUAGUUUUAGGUGGGGGUUUAAAAGCCGUGAAGAAGUAGCCAUACUGGUCUCCCACAAUCCAAAACUAAGGAGAGAGAGAGAGAGACAAACAGAUCUAGGGGCCACGCUUUUUUACACUUUAUUUUUCUACAAGUGCAUUUUGUGUAUUUAUUCCCAGAUGGUGGUUACGAUAACCCAUGUGCUACGAAUGUAUAUCACUUUUACUUUUGUACGGCUAGCAACAGCCCCACUCUAGUGCCUUUCUGCAGCUUGUGGUUUGGGGUGGGGUGGGGGGUGAGCUCCGUUAGCAUCGCUAUGGUCACAGAUUGAAGACUACACCCCACUCCUCACCCAAAUCCCCCAUCUUUGGAAACAAGUGUUAAUUGGGAUGCCAGUAUUGUCUUAAUGAAUCCCCAAUCCUCCUUUACAAGUGUCUUCGUAGGCUGAGAUCCUUUUAUCGCUCAUAAUUUUAUCACAAUGACUCAAGCCCUUGAGCAGUUUUAACACAAU